UUGGACGUUGUAGACGGUGAUUUGUAAGUUGCGUUAUAUUUGGGCAUGGAAAGCGUAGAUGAGUUUCACCAGCUGAACCUCGACCAGAGAAUCUUGAAGGCUAUUUCAGAUUUGAACUGGAUAAAACCCACUGAUAUACAGCAGGUCGUUAUACCACUGGUUUUCGCCAAAAAGUGUUUGAUAGUUCACGCGAAAACAGGAUCUGGGAAGACUGCUGCAUUUGCGAUUCCGAUUCUAAAUGACCUUCUGCAGGAGAAACAGUUUGCUUUGUGCCAAUCCACUUCAGUCGUUGUUCUUGCUCCAACAAAAGAGUUAUGUUCGCAAGUUGCCAGUAAUGUCAAAUCCCUAUGUAAAUAUGCUGCCAAAAGUAUUUCAUCGGUUGACAUAUCGACCGGUCAUGACAUUGAUCAAAUAAAGCCUCUCAUAUUAGAGAACCCUGAUAUAAUUAUCGGAACACCGUCUAGACUAAUGAAAGUCUUACGUUCAGGCAUAUUAUCAUUAAAGGAUCUACGGUGCAUCGUCGUGGACGAGGCUGACCUUAUAUUUACAUUUGGUUACGAAGCUGAGAUACGUGAUCUGAGAUCUUAUCUUCCUCCAAAGAUUCAAGCCAUUUUGAUGUCUGCUACUCUGGAUGAUACAUCUAAAGUCAUAAGACGGUAUUUGGUGAAAAGUGCUGACUGGGUUCGUGUAGAGUUACCCGAUGAAGCUUUUUUACCAGGAGACAGCCAACUAACACAAUAUAUUAUCAGUGCUGAAGACGAGGACAAAUAUGCCAUUUUAAUUGCUUUAUUCAAAUUGAGGAUAGUUCGUGGAAAAACACUGAUUUUCACUAACUCUGUUGACCGAUGUUACAAGCUCCGUUUAUUUUUGGAAGAGUUUGGAAUUAGAGCAGCACUGUUAAAUUCAGAGCUACCAGUCAAGUCACGUUCUCAUGUUAUCGAUCAGUUUAACAGAGGGCUAUACGACUAUUUAUUAGCGACAGAUGAGUCGCAAGCAGAUCAUAGUACUUCAAAUAAUGAAGGUGGUAAAAAGUCAUUAAAAAAUCACGAUGUCGUGAUGUUGAAUAUGGUGUAUCUAGAGGGAUCGAUUUUCAAUUGGUCAGUAAUUAAAUUGGAAGAAAGUCGUUUAGCUGAUGUUGAAGCGUUAUUAAAUCCGGCUGGUGCAGCUGCUGCAGUAAAAUCAGGUGUAGCCAGUGAGAAAAAAGAUUUUGCUUCGUCUAUCUUCAGACCUUAUCAGUUUCGUCUUUCUGAAGUAGAUGGUUUCAGAUAUAGAGCAGCUGAUGUUAUGCGCCAUAUAACUCGUAAAGUUGUAAGAGAAGCACGUUUGAAAGAAAUCAAACUUGAGCUACUCAAUUCUGAACGUUUGAAAGGUUACUUUCAAGAUCAUAUACCCGAUUUAGAGGCGCUUCGUCAUGACAAACCACUCAAACAUGUUGCUCAACCACAUCUCAAAGAUGUACCAGAUUAUCUAGUUCCUCAAUCCUUAAAAGCUCUUAUGCCAGGCAGCUGUCAUAGUCGAAAAGCUACGCAAAGAUGGAAAAGAAGAAAUUUACACACUGAUGAUAAAUCUAACACUUCAUUUGUCGAUCUUAAAAAGCGUUUACAAAUUAAACACAAACAAGCUAAAAAACGUAAAUCUCAAAACCCAUUAUUUUCAUUUGGACGAAAAAAAUCUAAAGUUGGCUAACGCAUUUAAUGACUUUUCAAUAAUUAUUCAAUGAAUAGGAAAAAAAAC